GUCCCUGCUGUUUGGAGAAGUUCGCCAAAUUAGGGUUUUUGAUUCAUCCCCAAAAAACCAUCGAUUCCUUUCAUGAAUUGCAGAGAUUGGUGCCGCAACAAUAUCUUCUGCGUUUUGAUGACUUAUGAAUGGAGUUUGCGGUUUCUUGCAUUAAAUUCACAGGGGAUUAUUGGUUAUUCGUGGUAGCGCUAGUUGCGACCCUUCUCUGCGUCCUAAUUCCGACGGUUUUGUCUUCUCUGAAAGGGAGAUCUCGCCGGCGAAGCGCUGUUGAGUUGGAAGUGUCAGGGGUCUGUGAUUGUGAUUUUGAUCGUGAUUGUGCCGUCGGGGGGAGUGGAAUUGGUUGCGGCGGUGGGGAAAUGACUGCGGUUGUGAGUGGCGUUGGCGCUAACGAGAAUGGUGGAGAUAUGGUGGUCGAGAGGCAGACCGGAGCGUCGAUGAUGGAGCAACUGGUUCCGGAGAUAACGACGCAUGCCCUCAGUUACUUGGAUUACCCGAGCCUCUGCCGUCUGUCCAUGACGAAUUCGCUCAUGCGGAAAGCGGCCAAUGAUGACAAUGCGUGGAAGGCGCUCUAUCAUAAGGAUUUCACUUUAGAGCAAGAUAACGUGAUACCAACAAAUGGAUGGAAAGCUUACUAUGCUGCUACAAGAGCUGUAGUUAAUGCAAACGCCGAAUUCUUUAGAAUUGUUAAGGAAAGGUCGCUUCAAGCUAUGGGCCAGUUUUGGCUUAAUGCAGAUUACGUCAAGUGUUUUCAUGCAACUGGUGAAUCAUUUAGUGGUUACAAUGCAGUUAUGGAGAGUUGGCAAUUGGCAUUCAGCUGGGAGAACGUGGCGGACUUCCAGAUACGAGAUGUGAGGACGCGCGUGCUGACGGACAUGGCGUGGGUGACGAUGAAAGCCUACAUCGACGUGGACAACAGGCCAUUCAACGUGACGAAUGUGUACGAACGGCUCAACGGCCGGUGGCGCAUGGUGCACCACCACAGCUCGGUCGUCAUCAUUCACGGAGGGGUCGAGUAAAUUCUAACUCAACAACCCCCCGGCAGCCGCAACUACAUAUUGCAGAUAUUCAUUUUACAGCGAGUGAGUCGAUUAGUAAGUAAUUGUUUUAAAUUGACAAGUGGUACAGUUCCUCCUCCUUAGUUAGAUGAAAAUUUCGACUCUUGAAAAAAGUCAUCGAAGAUGGUUUCUCUCCCCCUCUUUCCCUCUCGCAUGCCGCCGAAGAUGGUUUCUCUCCCCCUCUUUCCCUCUCGCAUGCCGCUGAGGUUCUCGGCAUUCAUUUUGUUCGCUCUAAUUGUUUUCUUUUAUACAGCGGUGGUUAUUGUGUUGAAUUUUAGUAUAACUUAAGUUACAACACCGCAUGUACGACUAAAAUUAGUCCAGUGAUCGGGCUUUUACUUAGUGCGUAUUUUUGGGUA